UUUUUCCGAGUAAGGCGGCUAGGCUAGGCUAGGCUUAGCAGCUAAGGCGUUCCAGAGUAGUAGUCAUGGGAGGUUGUUAUGCGCUGUCGCGGUGGACUGCGUGCACGGCAGUAUCUCGCCUGGGAAAAAAGGAAAAUCAAAAUUGAGAGUCCUUUUCAGUAUGCAAGUUGAAAUCCGGAAUCAGUGUCACACUUCUGCAUUGGAUGUUCGCCUGAAGCGACACAAUGCGGUCGUCAAAUAUGUAGAGUAGGCUUGAGCUUGUAUACUAUGCAUUCUGAAUCUUAGCAAAAACGACGAAUUUAUAAUGCGGCUUUUUCUAACCUGCAUUAAGCAGUUCUGUAGGAGCGUUUACUAUCCUUAACGAACGGCUCAUUAUGUCGCGUACACACGUAUCAGGCGCUGCUGCCAUCGUCAGGCAUCUUCAGUCGGCUCUUAGUCGUCGCUUUCUGCCUCUCGUCAUCGCCCUCACCGUCGCUUACUUGGCCUUUUUCGAGCUCCGACCAAUCCUGCUUCCGGCUAAUAGUACUGUAGCGUCGUCCCAAUCCUCCCUUUUCCCGCAAAGCGGCUGCGAGACGGCGAGGAAAUGUCAUGGUACACCUUUGGAUCGAUAUGUUUACACUGCGGAUGCGGAAUUCGGGUGGAAGGACACGGGUAACCGCAUGCGGGCGAAGGAGCCAGGGGGCUGGUGGACGGGGUAUGUGCUGCGGGUGACAGCCCACAGAUGGCUCAACGAAUCCGUUACAGACAAAUCCGUUUGGUGGCAUUACCUAACGCUUAUUGCGCCAGACAACAUGCCGAGCGCCAGCAGGGGCCUCGUGCUCUUCUUCAUCGGAGCUGGCCGGGACGUGCACGUCACAGGCGCGGACCACUACUACGUGCCGAAAAAGACAGACGUCUUCAUCCGCCUUGCUGCGCCUCUGGUGGUGGACCUCGGAAUCCUAGGCGUGAUGCUGCACCAGGUGCCCAUGAUGCCCAUCAGCUUCUACUCCAGCCCGCCUGGCAUCAGCAGCAGCAGAAGCAAAGAGCUUUUAGAAGAGGAGAUCACAGCGUUCUCCCUCGCCAUGGCCAUUCACGACCCCAGCACGCCCGAGUGGCCCAUCUACAUGCCCAUGGCCAAGUCUGUCAUUCGAGGCAUGGAUGCCGUGCAGCUGGCAGUUAGAGAGCUGCUGCCGCAUGUGCCGGUGGAAGGGUUUGUGGCGAUAGGUGUGAGCAAGCGAGCAUACAUGGCUUGGCUUUCUGCUGCACUUGAUAAGCGAGUGGUUGCCUUCAUAUCCUACGGCUACGACCUCAUCAACUUUCCGACCAACAUGCAGCAUGUGCUGGACUCCUUGGGAGGCAUGCCUGUGCUGGGCAAGUUCCUUGUGGACUAUGGCGUCAUUGGCAUGCUGCACUCGCCACAGCUGCAGCGAGUCAUGAGCUACACGGACCCGUAUUUCUUCCUGGACCGACUGACCAUGCCCAAGCUGCUGAUUUCUGCCUCCAACGACGAGUUCUUCUUCAUGGACGACUCGUACUACUAUUUCCAGGACCUCCCAGCGCCCACGCUGUUCAAGAUCGUUGCGAACCUCGACCACAUGGUCAUCCAGAUGUCCCAAUGGGCCUACGAUGCGUCCAUCUCCUUCCUCUCCUCUCUCCUCCACGCCAACUCCUCCUGUGCCUCUCUCCCCGCCUCCUCCCGGCCCUCCCUCACCUGGGCCCGCCCCACCACCCCCACCACCCCCACCACCCCCACCCCAUCCUCCACUCACGACUCACAUCCGUCGGAUCUCCCAGAGGCAGAGGCAGCAGCAGUGGGGCAGCGGUGGGAGCAGCAGUGGCAGCAGCGCAGACCCCCCCUUGGGGCUGCGUGCCCAGACUGCCAGCUGUUGACUGGCCUCAGAUGAGGUGGCAGUUUGAUUGGUCCACGUUUACCAUCCAUGCCACGUCAGACAGGAAGCCAUUGGCUGUUAGAGCGUGGACGGGACGCACCAUUCUUGGCAGUAAGCGCAGGGACUUCCGGUUCAUAGUGAAGCAGGGGCUCACAGGGUGCACUGUUCCCUUCAAGAGUUCGCCUCCCGACUAUGUGGCGAAGUUUGGCACACUGUGCGUGCAGCCCAUUCCGUUCCUCCUGCACCCAGUCACACCGCCUACAGCGCAAGGGGAUGGCCUCUGGCACUUCAGCUCCACAAUCCAAGACAUUCCCAAGGUGGGCUAUCGAGCAUUAUUUAUUGAAGCCGAUUUCAGGCAUGGGCCCUUCCACAAACCUUUCAUUCUCACCACGGAAGCCAUGAUAGCGCCAAACACGCUUCCCUUUGCCCCAUGUAAUACCACAACUUGCUUGACCCACUUCACGUAGUCUUGUAAUACUAGAAUUGCCUUUAAAUUGCGGCCUGCAAAGAUGGGAAUGCCAUAAUGCUUACCGAAUGCUUUGAGUGGAACUUGGUGCCAAGUUUUCUUUUUUCCU